AUGGUGAAAUCCAAAGACGAGGUCAUCGCCCAGUUCAACGAGGUGGUCAACAUGCCGGCAGAGGAGUUGCAGGCGUGGCUGGAUGACCCCAAGAGCAAAAAGGCAGGCACCGGAGUCGGCAUAGAGAGCGGACACAAGAUCGUUGAGAUAUUAAAGAAAAAUCCAGAGAAGGACCCAGAACAAUACGACGAGGAGGACAUUGAGCAUAUGAGAAAGGUCGUCGCGUAUAGCAGUCGGCACCUAGCGCAAGAAGAUCAUUUGAAAGAAACAAAGACCAAAACAGAGCUGGAGGAUGCGAAGAGCACGAUCAGCCUGAAAAACUGGGGGCAUGACCCGGUAAAAACUCUAGACAGGGUCAAGUCUCCGACUCAGACUCCCGAGAGCAACGAGGAGGCCGUAGACGAGGACAAGCAGUCCGAAUCCGAACCCACGAAUGGAGCUGCUAAGCGUAAGUUCGACGAGCGAGAAGAUAGUGCUGUCGAGAAUGGGGUAGAAGAAUAUGAGGAGGCGGAUGAUGAGGGUCGGGAUCGGAAAAAGUCAAAGACCGCAGAAUCAGAGACGGAAGAAACGCCGGCCGAGGAAGGAGAUGGCAGCGAUGUUGUAGAAUGA